AUCAACUGGCAACUUAAAACCCUAGAACAAAGAACGACGAACCUCUUUAGCUGCUCGUUGGGAUUUCUGCUGUCGCUGAGAGCAAAGGGCAGAGAGCUAACCAGAAGCCGCCCGCUUCCUAUCCUUCACCAUGCCUAAGUCUAAGCGCGAUCGACAAGUUACAUUAUCCAAGACAAAGAAGAAGGGAAGGGAACAUAAAGAAACAAUAGUAAAUACGAUUCGGCAGGCUGCGGAAGAUUACAGUUCUGCUUAUGUGUUCUCUUUUGAGAAUAUGCGGAAUCAUAAAUUCAAGGAGUUCAGAGAGCAGCUUAAAUCAAACAGCAGGUUUUUCCUUGGCUCAAACAAAGUCAUGCAAAUUGCCUUAGGUCGGUCUGAAUCCGAUGAGAUUAGAAUGGGCCUCCACAAAAUCUCUAAGGUUCUACAUGGAGAUGCUGGUCUAUGUUUUACCAAUUUGCCCAAGGAAGAGGUUGAAAGGUUAUUCAAUGAAUAUGAGGAAUAUGACUUUGCAAGGACAGGAAGCAUUUCGACAGAAAAGGUGGCGCUCAAGGAGGGUCCCUUGGAGCAAUUCAGUCAUGAGAUGGAGCCCUUCCUUAGAAAACAAGGGAUGCCUGUUCGAUUAAACAAAGGUGUCAUAGAGCUUGUUUCAGACUUCCUUGUCUGUGAUGAAGGAAAGCCCUUGUCACCUGAGUCAGCUAGGAUACUGCGUUUGCUGGGAACCAAGAUGGCUAGCUUCCGACUUCACUUGAUUUGCAGAUGGAGCCCCGGUGAUUUUGAGCAAUAUGCUCCAGGACCAGACGAUUCAGGUGUCGAAUCCUCGUAAAUGCUGAUAUGAGAUCCAUAGGCAUUUGAAUACAACACUAAUGUGACGAUUUAUGUGGAAUUAUUAUGUGUUUGUACUACUAAGGAAUACAAUGGCACUUGUAGAACCUCGGGCCAUUUUUGAGUUUGUUUUGGUUUGUGGCCGUAGUCUGUAACCUAUGCACUUUUAAAUUUUAAUCCAUAUGUUUUGACCUGCUGCUGCAUGCUCUGGUUUUGCAGUA